GGGGUGUUUUAUGAAGAGAAGACUCUCGCCCGCCACAGCUCUCCGUGAAUGCCCACUUUCGGAAUGCUGCUCUGGUGUUCUUGGUCCCCUUGCAAUCGUUUACGGGACGCUCUUUGACCCUCCCGCUAUGCAUUGCCAGGAUUCUUCUAGCUGGUUCCGUUGCGUUGUCUGCAUUGGUAGAAUCAACUCCACGCGUUUCUACUCGUGCGGUGCGUUGUUGCUUUUGUGCCUCUUAUGAAUAGAGGAACUGUGCCGUCGGGAUAUUUAGGGCUUGAAAAAGCGAUGUCACGUGUUCAUUGAUGCAGUCGGUGUUUUUCGGAGAAUGGUUUAGUGUUCGGGGUGUUCGACUUGGUGGAAACCUGCUGUGUGGGAGGACGAGGAGAUGAUCCGUGUUGAAGAGUGUGUGGUGAUGUGGAAUGGAGACCGUUUCUGUGAUUUGCGUUGGCGAGGAUGUAUUGGUCUUUGUGCAAUUCGAAAUUAGUAAUGCCUGGGUGGUAUCGUAUUCAGGACUUGGUGAUCUGUGGCGAUCUGCUACGAUCAGGUUGUCUUCUUGGUUACUGAAGCUAGGUUGGUGAGGUUCUUGAAUGCGUCGUUCGCCUGUUUGGCAGUGCAAGCGAGCAUCGAUUUCUUGAACGAAGAAAGGAUCUCCUAGGACCUGGUGUGUGGCGAGUGGCGUUUUGUGAGAAGUUGAUUCAGGGAUAUACAGCUUAGUUCCAGUAGCGAGCGAAUGCAAGAUUGAAGUACUGGUGUUCGAGGUCAAAUUACGGUAGCUUGCGAGGCACGUCGUGAGGAGGUAUUAGACGGGAAGGCGGGAUUCCAUGUUUUGUUGUUGGAGAGAUGAAGUGACGGUCAUCCGUUGGGCAGCUAGAGUGUAACGGAGGCCCUCGUGGUCACUCUUUAUGACUAUGGUAGUGUAUUCGUAGUUCUUCGCAAAAGUAGCAAGUGUCGAUGGAGGAUCACGGCGGAGCAAGUGACUAUAAGAUGCAAGGGGUGGGAGGUGGGAUGCCUUUGGAUAGAGUGUACAGCCAGGCGCGACGGGCGCUGCUGAUGGUGCGCGAUGGCUUGGAGAGGUUAGAGAGGUUGGAGAUGGCAGGGCAGCAUCCCAGCAGCAGCAGCAGUCCUAGCUACAGGGGAAUAGGUGGCGUACAGGAUUUGCAGGGGCAAGGGCCAGCGGCGCCAGAUCUUGUAGAGCACCUGAAGAAGGAGAUCGGACAAUUGCAGAUGUCGAGCGCCGAUAUGGACAGGAUGUGGCGGAACCAGAUCUUGGCGAAAGGGCAGCGGGACCUGUGGAAGCGACGUAUCGAGCAAGUUGCGGAGGAAGUUGAGUCACUGAAGGCAGGGCUUGAUCGAUACCUUAUGCGGCAACACCGUCGGCAAGUUGACGCUCAAGAGCGUGCGGAGCUUUUCCGUCGUGCGAGAGGAGACGGAGCCCACAUAAUGCAGGUGCACGACCUCGACAUGCAGGCACUGCAAUCUGCAAAGAACUCAUCACGAAUGAUAGACGAUGCAUAUGCGACGGGAGUGGCUGUCUUGGCGCAGUAUGCAGUCCAACGAGACCGCCUGAAAUCUGCACAACGCAAGGCAUAUGACCUGUUGAACACUGUGGGGCUGGGCAACAAAAUGAUGCGGAUUAUAGAGAGACGACAUAAAGUGGAUCGAUGGAUCGCUUAUGGGGGCAUGUUUGUAACCAUCGUUAUUCUUGUUGUUGUGAUCAGGUGGGUCCGAUAAAGUCAAGUCUUUUAGGGUUUUCGUGUAGAAUAGCAAGCAGUAUGAUAGGUGAUCCAACCAUCUGCUGUCUACCUGCUGUCUGUCAGCAGGUUGUUCUUCACAGCAAAUACAAGUUUGCUGACAAAUUAUGUUCAUUUCUUUGCUCAACAUUUUUGCCCAUUUGGUGCGGCGGACAUGCUGAAGUUUUACGAGAAUAUCACCGCUGGAUUUGCUUGUUU